UCCCUCAUAAAUUCACCUGUCAAAAAGCAUUCCUUUGGACAAUGUCACACAUUGGGUGAUCUCUACACUCUCCAAAAAAUGUCCCGUCAAACGUAAACACGAGUAAAAUCUGGCAACAUAGCACAAUUCAACUUCCGAUAGCUAUAAACACAAUAAUUUCUUUAUACACAUUUUUUUAUAAACAUGGAAUGUGUAAAGAUUUUUAUAGUCUUAUUUUUAAUAUUUCUCUUUAAAUACUCAACAACUAGUGACAACACAAAUGAUGAACAACAAGAUGAAAUCAUCAUUCCCAAAGAUAUAAUUAGUGAUAACAAUCAAUUGUACAAAAAGCCCAGUGUUAUGAUAGUCACAUUAGUUAGAAAUAAAGCACACACUUUACCAUUAUUUUUGACAUAUUUAGAAGAACAAAAAUAUCCAAAAGAUAGAAUAUCAUUAUAUUUUGUGACAGAUCACAAUAUUGACAAUAGUCGUGAAAUUCUUGAAGUGUGGCUUACGAAAGUUCAAAGUUUAUAUCACUCAAUUCAUUAUCAAUAUGAUGAGAGUAAAAAGCUCCGAAAAGGUGAAACAAACGUGACCCAUUGGCCGGAUGAGAGGUUUAAAGACCUCAUUAAAUUAAAAGAAAAUGCAUUAGAAUACGCAAGACAAUCAUGGGCUGACUAUGUUUUCUUUUUAGAUGCAGAUGCACUUUUAACAACGGAUGAUACACUUGAUGUACUGAUUAGUUUAAAUAAAGCUGUAGUUGCUCCAAUGCUGGUGUCUGAGGGAUUGUAUUCGAAUUUCUGGUGUGGAAUGUCAUCAGACUACUACUACCGUCGAACAGACGACUAUAAGAAAAUUCGCAAUCAUGAACUAGUUGGUGAACAUAUCGUACCAAUGGUACACAGUGCUGUACUUAUUGAUCUCAAAAGAACUAGAAGCGAUUUUCUUACAUUUAAUGCAACGAACCUCAAUAAUUUUUAUAGUGAUAAAUUUUUCGAUGGACCAAUCGAUGAUAUUAUUAUUUUUGCAAUCUCAGCAAAAUAUUCACGAACGGAGAUGGUGAUAUCAAAUACGAAGUUUUAUGGAUAUAUCCUUGUGCCAUUAGAUCAAGAUGAUCUUCUUGAGAAAGACUACGAGCAGAUAAUGAAUACAAAAGUGGCGAUUGUUCAUCGAUAUGAUGAGAUUCGAGUGCUUCCAGAGCUGAAAACUUAUGUCAAAUAUCCACCAAUGACUAGAUUAACAUUCUCAGAAAUAUUCAUGAUUAAUCUUAAGCGACGACCAGAACGAAAGUUGAAAAUGGAUUUAACAUUAAAGGAAUUGGGAAUUGAGUACACACAUUUUGAAGCUGUUGAUGGGAAAAAGCUGACAGAUGAAGAAAUAGCAGCUAAAGGAAUUAUUCUAAUGCCUGAAUAUGAAGAUCCAUAUCAUAAGAGACCUAUGAAAUUGGGUGAGAUUGGUUGCUUCCUUAGUCAUUACAUGAUAUGGCAAAAAAUGGUCGAAAAUAAUCUACAGGAAGUUUUGAUACUCGAGGAUGACAUCAAGUUUGAGCCAUACUUUAGGGAACAUGCCAUUCAAAUGAUGGAAGAAGCUCGACGAAUCGGUGGAUAUGAUUUGAUCUAUUUUGGACGUAAAAGGCUUGAUGAUAAUGAGCAAUACAUCGAUCAAAGCACAAAUUUUGUGAAAGUUUCAUAUACGUACUGGACACUUGCCUAUGCAAUCACACUUGAAGGAGCAAAGAAGCUAUUAGCUGCUGAACCUCUCAAAAGACUUCUUCCUGUCGAUGAGUUCCUUCCAAUUAUGUUCGAUCAACAUCCAAAUGAUACAUGGAAAUUCAAUUAUGAGAAUCGAAAUGUUGUUGCAUGGAGUGUACAACCACUGAUUCUAUAUCCAACUCAUUAUACUGGAGAGGAAGGAUACAUAUCUGAUACUGAAGACUCAAAGCAAAUUGAGGUUGACUUACUGGCUGACAAAUCAUUGAAGAAUAUGAAAGAAAACAUUAUGCAUCAUGCACAACAUGGACAUGAUGGAAGUGAAUUAUGAUGAUGAAGAUUAUUUUAAGUACUGCCAUAUUUUUUUAAUUGUGAGUGAGCUUUUAUGGACUAAUGAAGUUAAAUUUGAAUUUUUUGACUUCAAUUAUAUUUAAGAAUUUUGAGCAUUUUUUUAAAGUUUCUAAAAUUAAAAAAUGAAUUUAUUUUCUAUUGACCCCUAAACCCUCGAGUGUUCCAACUUUGCUUAGUCUCAAAAACUUUAAAAGAUUGUAGUGAGUCUCAAGAUUAAUUUUAUUUACUAGCAAAAUUGUUCAUUUUUGCCAUUUAAAAAGACAAAAAUUAUUUUAUAAGUUUAAAAAAAUGUUAAUUUUGAUAAAAUCCCCAAAAAUGUGCCUUUAAAAAUUAUUGAUUUGUGAGAUCAAAAAUUACAAAGAUUAUUAUAAUAAAGAGAACAUUGAUAAAGA